GAUAUCUCGUUCACUAACUCCUGUGGGAGAAACCGUCCACAUGGCAGAUCCACCUCUCCACAACUCCUGGCCCUCAUUCUCAUGGAUGAAAAGAUGGUCCUUCAAAAGAGCCUCAGAUUGCAAACCAUGCUCUCAAUUUGGAGCCCCGGGCUCAGCACCCAGCUCCUCUUCGUCCUUGUCCCCGACCUCCAUCCCAGAAGACGUCUUCUUUAGCAGUUCACCUGAGGACAAGAGAAAUUUCUUGACUGAGAGCAACGAGUGCAGCAGUGAAGAGGACCUUUUAGACCUCUGCUCUUCUCUGAGAGAUUCAGAAUAUUUUAGAGACCUGCAACUCGGAUCCAUUGAACCACUAGACACACGACUUCCAGUUUUAACUGCACCUGUUUCUGCCCCUUUGGUACCUCCUGCAUCCACACCAGAGAGUAGAUCUAGGCAGAAUUCCACAGAGUUCAACACCCAUCAACUUUUCCAGACGGACGACACUGUGAUUUCCACUGGAGGGGAAGCCAUGGAUCGCUUGGUUGCUAUCAGAAAUUCAGAACAGAAGGAAUUCCAGGAUUAUCCGGAAUCCGAUCAAGAUGAGGACUCAGACUCCGAUAACUUUCCUACAUUGGUUAGAUCCAUGUCCACGUCACGUAGACACAGCUGGGAAGUGCCAGUGUCGCCGAUUGACCUGGGAAGAAGGUUCAGUCUAGACACUAAUGGCAUUGACAGUGAUGGGGAAAGAGAGGUCCACUGUUUGGGCGAAAGUCCCCAACUACCAUCUUCCUCCUUCUCCGAAAGCUCAGUGGAAGAAACCACCAGCGCUGUUGAAAGUGAAAGUCCCCAAACACCAAAGCCAACCGCACCAGCAAAGACAGUAUAUUCCAGAUCUGAGAUUCUCGCGACUGAUGAAAAAUCUCAAGCUGACAGAGUCUCCCGCAUACUGGAGACUUCUAAGCAGGCUGCCAGAGAGGCUGGAGAAGAGCAGGAGUCGGAAGAGGGGCUGCAGUCAGUGGAAGGACGGAGUCAUGUGCUGAUGGUACAGAAAGUUCUGCAGGAGCUUAAGCAGUAUCAUGGAGCUAAAGGCAGAACUUCAAGCACAGAACGAAAGGAGGUGGCAGGGAACUUCACGUGGUACGAGUUUCUCACCAAUGAAAAUGAUGAGGAAGAGGAGGAAAGACCAGAGCGUCCGGAAAAAGGCACCAAAGUCAAGCGGACUCUGAGCUCACUGAGGAACCGCAUGACCGGAUCCUUCAACAAAGACAAAGGUAAGACCCGAGACAAAGAGCAGCAGAAAGAGAAAAGCAGAGAGAGAGAGAAGGACAAAGAGAAAGAGUCGCGCGAGCGUGAGAAAGUGCGGCGGCGCAGCGUGAGCGGCCACCAGCUCGUGCCUGGCUCGUUCUCCACCUGGGCGACAUGUUCACUGUGCAGCAAGACCCUGCAGAGGAAGCAUGGCCUGCAGUGUUUGAACUGCGCCGUCAACGUCCACAAGAGCUGCAAGAACCUGCUGCCUGAGUGUAGCAGCAAAAACAAGUCAAAAGACUCGGCGCAUAAGACAUUAAACGCUGCAGCUCAGUCGCAUAGUCAAGCUCUGAGGGACUCCUUCUCUGUCCAGACCCCCGUCGAUGGCUCGUCCCAGACCUCUCGCUGUGCUUCAGGUAUGACUGUUCCACCCAAAGGACACAACACCCAACCUGCCGCCUCCAGCAACCCUACGGGCAACCGCAACAACAGCAUCGGAACGGUUGGGCGACCCACUUUCUCUGGCAGCUCUAUCACAGGAGAGAUGGAUGAGGUUGACGCAUUCAGGAUGAAGCGCCCCACUGACGACACCGUAUCUCUCGCCUCCACCACGCCCGAGUCUCUAAUCGUUGAAGAUGCAUAUUACGCCACAGUACGAGUGGAACUGGAAGCCAUCGCACAUGACUUCGAGGUGGAGUCCUGGAAUCUGGCUGUGGAUCAGCACUUCUUGAAGAAACAUUCAAAGGAAAUGAUCAAAAGACAGGAUGUUAUAUACGAGCUCAUCCAGACGGAGAUACACCACUUGCGGACGCUCAAGAUCAUGCUCCGCGUUUACGCUCGAGACCUGCGGGAGGCGCUACAGUUGGACGACAGGAAGCUGGACUGUCUGUUUCCCCGGCUGGACAGCCUGCUGGAGCUGCACAGCCACUUCCUGUCCCGCCUCCGGGAGCGUCGCACAGAAUCCCUGCAGCCGGGCAGCGAUCGCAACUAUGCCAUCCAAAAAAUCUCAGAUAUCCUUAUAUCCCAGUUUUCCGGAGAGCUUGGAGAGCGAAUGAAGGAAAGUUAUGGGGAAUUCUGCAGUCGGCACACUGAAGCGGUCAACUACUACAAAGAGCAGCUGCAGAGCAACAAGAAGUUCCAGAACCUCACGAGAAAAAUCAGCAAUCUGUCAAUAGUGCGGCGGUUAGGCGUUCCAGAGUGUAUCUUGCUGGUGACGCAGCGAAUCACCAAGUAUCCUGUUCUUCUGGAGCGCAUCCUGCACAACACAGAAGCCGGGACAGAGGAACAUGAAGGAUUAGCGCAGGCUCUCAAUCUAAUCAAAGACGUCAUCGUUCAGGUGGACGCCCAGGUCAAUCUCUACGAGAAGGAAGCGCGGCUCAGGGAGAUCGCCUCCAAGGUGGAGCCCAAGUCCCUGGGGAAAAUCAAAGAUGGACGUGUUUUCCGGAAGGAGGACCUUUCUCAGGGGCGCCGCAAGCUCUUGUAUGAGGGCAUGGUCAACUGGAAAGCCGCAUCUGGUCGACUCAAAGAUAUUCUAGCUCUCCUUCUUACUGAUGCUCUCGUCUUGUUGCAAGAAAAGGACCAGAGAUAUGUGUUCUCCACUGUGGACAACAAGCCAUCCGUUAUUUCACUGCAGAAGUUGAUUGUCCGUGAGGUGGCGCACGAGGAACGGGCCAUGUUCCUCAUCUGUGCCUCUUCAAAUGAACCUGAGAUGUAUGAAAUCCACACGGCCUCAAAAGAAGACCGCAACACGUGGAUCACCCACAUCCGUCAGGCCGUGGAGAGCUGUCCACAUAUAGAAGAGAGAUUGUUUAGCGAGGAAGAGGAAGCCAGAGUUGCCCGGUUUCGAGAGUUUCAAGAUCGCCUGACGUUGAAGGACGCUCAGAUUGUCCAGAGCCUCACAGAAAAGCUGCAGUUGUUUGCAGAUCUGGCUGAAUCUGUGUCCGGUUUAGAGGACGCCAGAUCUCUCUCCCGUCUGCUGCUGCGGGGCGACGCCUCGGACCUCCAGCAGGGGGAGCAGCUGCUCAAAGGAGCAAUUACUGAAGUGGAGAACCUGCAGAACCUCCUUGCAUGUGGAGCUCGGGAAGCAUCUCCACAGACUGAGGGGGUCCAGAGUCCGUCCUUGAGUUUGCUGCCACGCAGAGCGGACACUUUCGGCGGCUAUGACAGCAUUCCUAGCAUACUGCCUAAGAACGGCAAUAUUAAGAAGAAGGUCGCUGGAGCGGCCAGCAGGUCCAGGGACAGGAGUCAACGGGCCAGCUCUGAUCCGCAGCUCAAAGAGGUGUAUGCAUGCCAGGACCAGGAUGAGCUGGACGAAGCCUCUUCACCUCGCUUGCACAAAAUGUGGUCCACCUGUAAAUUUCCAGAGUCCGAGUUCUAUGAGCGAGUCCUGCUGCUGUCCCAGAGGCUGUACAGUUUACAGGCCAUAAUCUCUCAGCAGGACAGUCACAUCGAGCUCCAGAGGGCCUCUCUCCUCACCGCCGAGCGGGACCGUCCCGGCAGCCGGAACCGUGGCACAGACGUGCUUCUGGAGCAGGAGAAGCAGCGCAACCUGGAGAAGCACCGUGAGGAGCUUGCCAACUUCCAGCGGCUGCAGAGCCAGCAUCGGCAGGAGCAGGCGCGCUGGGAACGGGAGCGGGAGAAGCAGCGGCGGCAGGCGGAGGCGGCCGAGCAGCGACUGAAGGAGUGGGAGGAGGAGUGUCGGCGACUGGAGCUGCGUUUGGCCGAGGAGAGGCAGGAACUCGAGAGGCAAAGGCAGACGUAUCAGCAAGAUCUGGAGAGGCUGAGAGAGUCCACGCGUGCCGUUGAAAAAGAGAAGGAGCGAUUGGAGCAACAGAGGAAGUUUAAGAAGCACCACACAGUGCCAAAUACGGCAGCGCUGUAUGCACAGGAAGUUGGACAGCUUUCCAGUUCCUCCAGCUUCAAUGGUGAGCUGCUGCUCGGCGGAGCAGGAGACCAGACGCUUCCUCAAAAGUCGCACCUGAGGGCCUCUCUCUCCGUGUCCCCCGCCGACUACCUGGAGCGCCCCGAAGUCCACUCGCGCCGCGAGAGCUCCUGCGGCACCCUACCGGCCAAGACAGAGGUUCCCAUCCAUCUCAUCAGCACCACAAACCAGCUGCACAAGCAGGGCAGCGUCCAGCAGCAGAUACCGACCAAACUCGCUGCCCUCAGCAAGGGCAAGGAGAAGAGCGGGAAGGGCAAGAGUUCGCACCGCACCGAUAGUUUGGCUUCUGUUGACAUGAAGCAGAUGCUGCCCAUCAAGCUGUCAUCGAGGGAUUCGGAUGGAGGUCACAAAGCACGCCGGCCCAUCAGCCCCCACCAACCUCAACAUUCGCACUCAGAUUCCCUCAGCCCUCCAGACACGCAUACGGACGCCCAGUCUAGCCUCGCGCCCGCCGUUCUCAAAACCCACAACCAGACCUCCCAGCCCACCCUCACGUACACUGUUAGCGACGAAGCCGCCAAGGAGGACGUAAUCUUUUUCUGAAGCAUCCGAUGGGAUGCAAAGACAUUGUGUUAACGUUUCGGAUGAUAUUUUACUUAAGGAACACGCUUUAAUCCUCCUAGUCUUAACAACUAACAAGUUUUAUUGAAGCCUGUAAAUUACGACAAAGAAAAAUGUGUUUUAGUUUAUACGAAAAAAGGCUGAGUGUUUGUCCAGAAAACCCAAAGACUUUGACGGACAGCUUCAGGUGAAGGACAUUUCUGUAGCACGAGCUCCGAACGGGCGAUAUAAAGGACGAAUGGAUGUUUUUAGGUUGCUUAUUGUUAUGGUGAGCAAUUUUGCACAGCAACAAUGUCCCAUUUCAUUUCAAACACAGUAUUUGGGACGACUGUUUUCUGUUGGAUUUGUUGAGUUUCAUUUUUGGGUCACUCUGGAACAUUAUUGCUUAUGGAAAAUGGCAUACGUUGACAUUGUUAAAUUGAAGUCAGUUUUGACUGCACACUGUGCAAGCUUUGUUGGAUUUCAGCUUGGAUUAUUUGAUUUCACAAAAGCCAACUCCAUUUCAGUGGUCAUUUUAUUCAUGUGGUACAUGUUUUUAGAGAUUACUUCCAAAUGUUCACAAAAAAAAAAAAAAAUUAAGCAGCGGACAUGAAGAGAAUCCAAGAUUUUAUUAACCAUUAUUCUGUUUUUAAUUUAUAUGUUAGUAGAUCUUCCAAAUGGAGAGAGCGGUUGAUCUGAGUAUUUUGAGAUUACUCAAAUAGAAAUCAGAUGAAGGAUACAAAUGUUUUAAAUGAUAAAUGAACCAUGUUUUCACCUUUCCAAAUGAUCAAAAAGUCAAUUUAAGACAUGACUUGGCUAAAAUACGAACGACUGAAUCUCAUGAAAAUUAUUAAGGUCCAGGUUGUUAAUUACUCUAAAUCCCCCCUCCCUCAAAAAAAAUUAGGAAAUGAGUAAAACAAAAAUUUUUGCUUUACUAUUUUUGCAAAAAUUAUGUUGACAUUUUAAUGUCAUUUUCUCCUAAAGUUUUCAAUGCCAUGCUGCAAAGAAAAAUUGUUUCAAAAUUAUUUAAAUUGUUUAAAAUGGUAGUGUUUUUGCUUUAGUGUUUUUGUUUUUAAUUUAUUUUUAAUAAAAUGAACAAAAAAUAGCUGCGACUGAACAAUUUGUUACUGUAUCACAGUAAUAAGAAUUAGGUUUGUUUGUUUUUUUGCAUUACGAUAUUGAGAACUUUCAAAAUUUAAAUGAUCCUAAAAUAGCUUUUACUGUCUUUUUUAAAGAAAAAAAAAAUUUAAUUUUUAUUUGGGGGGGUAAAAUACGACAUUAAUGUUCACAGUUCCGUUUAAGUUUAGUGCCAAAUAUAUUUAAUUAUUGUGGUAGAUGUAUACACAGUUUUCAUUUUUUGUUUGUUUUUAACAAACUUGACUUCCCAUCCUAGUUAUUUCCACAUUCAAGAAGGAAAGCUUCAUUUUAAUCUUGUUUCCUUUAAACACAUUUCACAUUUUUGCAUUUCCUCCUUUCUUAUGACCCACAUUCAUUUCAUUCCAUGUCUAAAUUAAGUCUCUAAAGUUCUCAAGCUGAACACACAAACAGCAUUUGUGAUGUAAUACUUUGGAUUUCAGAGUAAUGCCACCAAAGACUAGGAUUUAAACCACUCCGUUUCUAAAUCUAACCUAUGAGCUGUGAAUAUAAUGCAUCUCUGAUGUCAGUUUCCUGUGACCAUGUGACUUAUAUGUAUAUGUUGUACAUAGUUUCCUUUUAACAUAGACAAGAUGUAGAUAUUAUGCAAGGAUGUCAUAUGACCACUGAAAUUACAGAUGGAUCAUUUGGGUAUAGUUUUGUUUGUUUCAUUUGUUUCAACCAUGAAUCUGUCAUUGAGUGUUUUUAUUUCAGUUCAAAAACAACCCAUAAUGCAUUGCUUUUGGAUAACAUUUCACCUAUUCCACUUGAUGGAACAAGUAUUUUUGAUGUUAUGUUUAUAAAAACGGCUUGAUUUGAUAUUCAUCCUACAUUUUGACUUCCUAGGUCCAAUGCUUUUCCGUGGUGCAAGUGAAGGGAUAUUUUCACACUGUAGCAGAUCGGCUUUGACUCUCAAUGACGUGUAAAUAUACGUCACAUGAUGUUGAUGACCUAAUAAUGAAGUUAGUGACUAAAUGCUGUUUGUCUCACUCCUUUAGCUGCAGCGCACUUUAUCUCAGAAUGAAUUGUUUUCUUUGAUUUGUUCAACCGUGAGCUUAAAAAAAACAUCAUGUCGCUUUAAAUUGUCACUUGAUCCGGCCGGCAUUCAUUGUGACUGAAGCUUCUUGGUGUCUGUGAUUGUAUGUCAUAAUUGUAGACGUUACGUGAAGAGGAUUUCUUGUCAAAUAUUGUUGUCAAAUUGUGUCUAAAAACUAUGAUUUUUCUGUUUCCAGUUACACUAGCCACUUUUCAAUACCAGCAAACUUUAAGGGGGACCCUAAGUGUUAAUAUUUCUGAUGUUUUGUGUCUUAAGAUUUUAGCACGCAAGGCCAGUUUUUUUCUACCACAGCAUUGUACUCACUCUACUGAAGAAAAAUAGAAAAACUUGUGAACACUUAAAACUGCUGCCUUUAGAGACAUUUUAGUAAUAAAAUAUGUGGGAAAAAAUCUGACUCUUGAGUCUUUA